AUGGCCUCCAAUGCCGCCGCAAUGUUUUCAUUUGCUCAAACAGAACCAUCGACAGACCUGUUGAACGGGCAGUCAUGGGGAAGCACUUCAGAGAGCCAUCAUAACUUUCAGGAUUUCCCGGACAAUGGAUCAUCACAUUCUGGAGAAGCCGAGGAUUAUCUUUUCACAUCUGGCCACACUACUCCCAGAGGAUCAAGGCUAGAACAAGCCGCCUCCAUGGAUUCUGUUUGGACAAACCCAAGGACUACACAGAGCUCAGUAAUGGCUCAAGCCAUGGCUAGAGCAGAUUCGAGCAGAUCCAGUGGCUCGUCUCUCUCUCAACACGCACAGCUGAGCAGAGGUAAUGUGUCCGCCUUCAGGAAUGUUUCCCACGCAGCUGCUACCACCGCCGGAACCAUGGCCGGAAUGAACUCUUGUCUUCUCGUGGCUGCUGAUGCGCAUGCGGUGUCUUCCAAUGCUCAAAUGUACUGGCCCGAGAUGGGGCUUGACAUGAACAUUGCUGCUGGCGGUGGCAGUGCUGGCGGCAGCGGUGCUUUUGCUGUCACUCAGGCCGGCCCUAUGCACAUGGUGCCUGCGCAUAUGCACUUGGGUCCCGAGUCUGUGUUGCCGGACAAUUCGUCCCCUGGCUCAUGGGACUGCUUUUCUAGCUCCAUCUCCCGGACUUCCUCCCCUGCCACUGUUGAUGAUGUUUGGCUGCCUUCUGCGCUGAGCCCCAACUCUUCGCCCGAGAUUGUUGGUGAUUCGCCUAGGUAUGUUGAAUACUUCAACGCAAAUACUGAACAGACGUCUUACGCAUCUUUGAUCAGUUCGGAGCGCAAGGUCUCUAUGGCAUCAGACAAGGACACUAUUGUCCCCAAGAUUGAGGAGGGCGUAGCCAUGCCCCAUGGAUAUCCCUCCCGCAGACACGGAAGUGAUGGCGAGUCCUCAGCUCGGGACCAUCGUCUUUACAAGAAUGUCACACCCGGACCCGACGGUCUUUUCCACUGCCCUUGGGAAGGACAGACCAGCUGCAACCACAAGCCCGAGAAGCUCAAGUGCAACUACGACAAAUUUGUGGAUUCACACCUGAAGCCAUACCGUUGCAAGGCAGAUUCUUGCGAAGGGGCUCGCUUCUCCUCCACCGCCUGCCUGCUGCGUCACGAACGUGAGGCUCACGGACUGCAUGGACACGGUGACAAGCCCUUCCUCUGCGCCUAUGAGGGCUGCGAGCGCGCUGUUUCAGGCAACGGCUUCCCUCGCCAGUGGAACCUCCGCGACCACAUGAAGCGUGUGCACAACGACCACGGAAGCUCCAGUGGCUCUCCACCCGCCACUGCCAAUGGACAAUCUGCCAAGGGCCGCAAGAGAAAGACUGAGGUUGCAGAGCCGCAGAAUGGCACUCGCAAGGCCACGCUCAAGUCGAUGCCGGUGGCCGACUCCAAGCAGGUCUCCUCCAAGCCCCUCCUCGAGCAGUGGCUCGACCAGCGACGUGCUGUUGAGGAUCUCUGCCGCAGCCUAAGCAAGCCUGACGACGAUCGCAACCUGCAGCAAAUCGGUGAGAUGCAGAAGCGUCUUUCCAUCAUGGCCCAUAUGGCCUCGUCCUUCCACUCGACAGACAUUCGGCCCGACACAAACCGCAGGAACUACACCACUGGCUGA